AUGAAUUCUGAAAGCCCUCAGUCGAUUGGCGUGUCAUUUGCCGGUAAUGUUGGUGAAAAAAUACCGUUAAUGAAUCGCCGCCGUCAAAUGUUUGACUAUUUCACUCGUAUGUUUGGAAACUCGAAUGCUGGCUCAGAGGAAACAUCCAAAGAUGGCUAUGUUGAGUUUGGCAAUAUUGGGGAGGCAACCAGUGGCCGUACGCUGGGACCGUUUGCUGGAGUGUUUGCACCUGUCUGUCUGUCCAUGUUCAGUGCCAUGUUGUUUCUGAGAGUGGGAUUUGUUGUUGGAAAUGCUGGCCUCAUUGAGACACUAUUUCAAUUUGCCAUUGCUUACACAAUUAUUGUUUUCACUGUUAUGUCUGUCUGUGCUAUAUCAACCAAUGGUGCUGUUGAAGGAGGUGGUGCUUAUUUUAUGAUAAGUAGAACAUUAGGACCAGAACUUGGAGGAUCAAUAGGAACAUUGUUUUUUUUAGCAAAUAUUGUUAGUAGUGCUCUCUGCCUUACAGGAUGUGUAGAAGGACUGAUUGAUAAUUUUGGAGAAUCUGGUUAUUUAAUGCCAAAAGAUAGUUAUAUAUUAAAUGAUGGCCAUUGGUGGAGGUUUACUUAUACAUCAUCAUUAAAUUUCCUGAAUUUACUUAUCUGUUUAAUUGGUGCAACAUUAUUUGCUAAAACUACUGUGAUCAUAUUUGCAAUAGUUGUGAUAUGCUUACUAUCAUCAGUCAUAAGUUUUUUUUUGAAAUCUCCACUACAAAUUGAAGUGCCUGCAGCAAACACUUUUGUAAAUCAAACUAACACCACGGUCUUAUUAAACUACACUGGUUUUAGUUUAACUACUUUUUCUGAAAACUUAGGCCCAAGGUUUGGUAAUGAUUAUACAUCAAACAAUAUUGCUGUAACCUUUUCAACAGUGUUUGGUGUACUUUUCUGCGGUGUGACUGGAAUUUUAGCCGGAGCCAAUAUGUCUGGAAAUUUGAAAAACCCAUCUUAUAGCAUACCUCGCGGAACAUUAGGUGGUGUACUGUUUACAUUCAUAUCAUACAUUAGUUUGUCCAUUCUUGUUGCUGCUACAUGUUCAAGAGAUUUACUUCAAGAAAACUAUGUAUUCCUAAUGCCCAUUAAUAUUUGGCCUCCAUUUACUUCUAUUGGUAUAUUAACUGCCACAUUUUCAGCAAGUCUUAGCUGUUUGAUUGGAUCUAGCCGAGUGCUUGAAGCAUUAGCAAAGGAUUGCAUUUAUGGUAGAUUGUUGCAGUUUGUUAAUUAUGGUGUGUGGCGUUCAAAUCCUAUAGCCGCAGUUUUAUUUUCGUGGUUAUUAGUACAAAUGAUUUUAUUUAUUGGAUCUCUUAACUUAAUUGCUCAGCUGAAUUCAAUUCUAUUUUUACUUGCUUAUGUAGCACUAAAUUUGACUUGCCUUGGUUUGGAUCUCACAUCAGCCCCUAAUUUUAGGCCAUCUUUCAAGUAUUUUUCUGCAUGGACCUGUUCCUUUGGACUAAUGGGGAGUGUGAUAAUGAUGUUUGUAAUAAAUCCAUUUUAUGCCUCCACCAGUUUUGGAUUGUGUUUAUUACUUAUACUCUUAUUGCACUUCUUCUCUCCAUGUGAAGCUUCUGAAUGGGGAUCAAUAUCUCAGGCUCUAAUAUUUCACCAGGUCCGCAAGUAUCUGCUUUUGUUAGAUCCGAGAAAAAAUCAUAUAAAAUUCUGGAGACCUCAAAUGCUGCUAAUGGUUGCUAAUCCUCGUUCAUCUUGUCCAACUAUAACAUUUAUUAAUGAUCUGAAAAAAAGUGGUUUAUUUGUGUUGGGACAUGUCAAAGUUGACAAGGCAGAAACAAAUUUAGAUUAUACAGAUAAGACCAUCUCUUCCUGGCUAACUCUAGUUGAUCAUGUGAAAGUAAAAGCGUUUGUUGAACUGACUGUGGCCAAUAGUGUACGAGAAGGACUACAUCAUCUUAUAAGGUUAUCUGGUAUAGGAGCAAUGAAGCCAAAUACUGUUGUAAUGGGAUUCUACGACAAUAAAGUACCACUUGACUAUUUUACAAGAUUAGAUUCUGUUUAUAAAACUUCUUUAUUCCAAGGAAUAACAACUAAUGACGAAAAAUUCCCUUUGAGAUUACCCAACGAAGAAAAAAAUUUAUCUACAUCAGAAUUUGUAUCAAUGAUCUGUGAUAUAUUUCAAAUGCACAAAAAUAUAUGUAUUUGUCGACAUUUUGAUUUAUAUAACAAGACUGAUAUUGUCAAAAACAUUAAGUACAAGUAUAUUGAUGUUUGGCCUGUUAACUUCUUUGGUCCAUCGAUGAAUGAUGCGUAUGACACUAGCAGCUUGUUUAUGUUACAGUUAUCAUGCAUUAUUAAAAUGAUUGCUGUGUAUAAAAAACACACAUUGAGAGUUCACUUGCUCAACACUAUUGAUAUUCAAAGUCAAAGAGUGCAGCUAAAACAGCUAUUGUCUACACUACGCAUUAAAGCUACAAUUCAUGAAGUACAAGAAUGGUCACAGAUUGAUCUGACAACUUUAGACAGUGAUAAAAAUACAUAUAUUUCAAGGGUGAAUAAACUGAUUAAAAAUCAGUGUGCUGAAACUGCUAUAUGUUUUGUUUAUUUGCCAAUGCCCAAAGAAUUACGGGGAUCAGAUUUACAAAAUGUAAGUUAUUUGAACUCACUUACUGAUUUGACCAAUAACCUACCACCUACAGUUCUUGUACAUGGAGUGAGUGCUGUUACAUCCACAACCUUAUAA